UUUUGGGUUGUUUGGGUUUUUUUACUUCAUUCUGUGGGGUGUGUGGGAGGGAUAAAGGCUUAGAACAGAGGAGAAUGUAGCAUUUCCUCUCUGCCCCUCUCCCCUGUAACCCUGCCUUCCUGUGGUCGUGCAAGGGACAGCUCUUCCUGUUUGAUGCAUUGACUUAAAAAAACAGCCCUUGAAAGUCCUCACCGUUCCCUCUCCUCAUCAGCGGUCACUCCCUGGCUGAGCUGCCGUGGUCUGUACCCUCUCCUGUUCCCUGGUACAAAGUCAGGGCUGGCGCUGGGCUCCGACCUGCUUGUUGCCACCUUCUGUUCUCCCAGGUGUUGGUGCAGUGGUGGCACAGAGCACGGUGCAGCCUGGCAGCGAUCUGAGGCCAUGGGAAUCAUGGUUUUGCCUGCUUGCCCAAGCAACAAAAUACACACUGGGUAACUUGAGGGUGGUUUUUUUCUCAUGAACAACACCAGAAUGUCUGUCUGGUUUGGUUAUAAAACGACUGUUAGAGUGCCAGGUUACAGGAAAGAGGAUGGAAACCUUGACUUCUGAAGUUGACAGAAGAAACAACACCUGGAUUAAACAGUGCCACAGUGGAAGCAAUGUGCAGCUGAGGUGCCUGGUACCACCAUAAUUAAUAUCCCCUUUAUCUGUGAGACGAAGUGCAGAAUUUGAGACAGCCAGUUUGCCGGAGCAGACAGCCCACUUGAUCUGGGACUGAUACCCAAAGACAAGGACAGAACUUCAGAGCAGUCCUGGGUCUCUGCCAUGGAAAAGGAGACUUGUGGCUGCUGUGGUGUUUGUGCUUUCCUGGCCCAGCCCUGAUGUACAAGCACCCAGAGAGCACCGUGGGAGCGCUCUGCGGUGUCUUGCAGGGCUCUGGUGUCAAAACCCUACGCAGAGGAGCUCGGCACUGACCUUGCAGCUGGGAGGGCUCUUUGGAGAGGCUGCAGCUCUCAUCUGCACCUUCUGAUGACCUGAGCUCUGCAACACCCCUUUCCAUCUGACUGUACCAAGCACAGACUCCCGCCCGAACCACAGACAUCACCAGACCCGACAGCAGCUGUAGCACCGACCCCCGUGAGAUGAAAUAAACCUCCUGAGGUAAGGGAUGGCUUAAGACUUUGAUCCCGUUGCCGGCUACCCCUGCGCUCCAGCAGAAAUCAUGGCAGGUAGUGCCUGGGCUGAAGGAGUCUCCAACGAGACGGCGGCCAACGGCAGCUCAGAGCUCAGCCUGGAAGCAGACUUCCAGUAUUCCUUGUUCCCGGUCAUCUACAGCAUCGUCUUCGUGCUGGGGCUGGUGGAGAACCUCGCAGCUCUGUACCUGCUCUCCUGCAGAGUCAAGCACGUGUCUCAUUCCUACGUGUACAUGAUUAACCUGGCUCUGGCAGACGUCCUGUUCGUUUGCGUCUUGCCAUUUAAAAUUCAUUACCACCUGAACCAGAACAACUGGCUCUUUGGGGACAUGGCCUGCAGGGUAACCGGGACUCUCUACUACAUCAACAUCUGCCUCAGCAUUGCCUUUUUCACCUGUAUUUGUGUGGACCGCUACAUCGCGGUGCUGCACCCCUUCACCUACAUCCAGAUCCGGGUCGGCCACUACGUGGGGGUGGUGGCUGUCCUGUGGGUGGCUGCUCUGAGCGUGGCAGUUCCGCUCAUCCUCGGGGGUCCCCUCCACAACAGCGGUGCGAGGAACACGGUAGCGUGUUUUGAGAACUUCACUACCACGAGCUGGACUUCCCGCAUGGCGCCUUAUAACAUCCUGGCCUUGGUUUUUGGGUUUGUGAUCCCGUUUUCCAUCAUUCUCAUCAGCUACCCUCUCAUCGCCAGGAGGAUUUCCCGGGUCAAACGCAGCAUUCGCAGGAGGAAGGCUCUGAGCACCAUCUACCUCAUCCUGGUCAUCUGCACUCUGUGCUUUCUCCCCUAUCAUCUCACUCACUUGCUCUACUUUUUAAUGAGAACCCAGGUCAUCCAGAACGAGUCCUUCACCAACUUGAUCUACAAACUGCGCAGGGUCACCUUGGCCCUCGUGAGCUUCAACUGUUGCCUUAACCCUCUCCUGUACUACUUCACCUCUUCCGACAAGCAGUGGCACUUCAACUUCAGGUUCAGAUUCAGGUCUAAAACAGUGUUCACCAUCUCCGACCAGAAAUUCGGGGAAUCCUCCUAUGUGUACAAACUACACCAGCGAGACGGAAAUAAAAAUCCUAGAGAUGGAAUCAACAGAUCGACCUAAAAGCCACACCGCUUCCGAAAACCGCCAGGUUCUCCACCCUGUGGAACGUGAGACUUUGGAGAAUAUUUAUCACUUGUGGGUUAUCAGAGUCACCAGCACAGCACCGGCCUGGCUGAAAAACCUGCUCUGCUUUAGUUAAGAGGAUUUGAUUUUUGGUAACACAUACACAGACUCACUGUUCAGUUCCUCCCCACGCCACCCCCCCAAACUUUAUAAAGUGCAGAUACACAAGGUCGGGGGCUUGUUUACCAGGGAAGGGGUUAUCCCCAUCCCAGCAACGCGCUGCAGCAGCACUGCUGGUGCCAGGUGACCAAAACACAGGUGAAAGGCACACCUGGACCUGGCCCACUGCGGCAGGGGUUGGGUUAUGCUGUCACUGGACUUGGACCAAGAACUGCCCCAGGCCUUAAAGGAGGGAAGGAGGAGGAUUAUUGUGGCGGAACAGUGUGGGGGGAGAAAUAAUUGUGUGUCUCCGAUGUAGCAGCUUCUCUUUGCACAACGAUGGACGUUGCAGCUUCUGCUUGUAUUCAGCCAAUUUUGUGACAGUUUUCUGACAGCAGCCAAUGCCACGGGGAUUGGAAAAGCAGCAGCGUAGGUGCACGUUGGGGUCUUGGUUUGUGGAUUACGAUGGCAAACAGGGUCUGUACUGUGGAGUUACAGCCCACCCAAACCCUCCAGCCAGCCGAGCUGUACACAGCAAGCACGGAGCCAAGGCUGUAGGAGAGGGCAGCGCUGCGCUUGCUCCGAGGGGCCUCGCGUUCAUCAGUCACUGCUACACGCAGCUUGAGUCGUGCCCCCGACCCCUCCCCUGCUGCACUUUGCUUUUAGCUUGGAGGAAUUUUUAAAUACCGGUAAGAUAACCUGCACAGACUUUUCUAAAAUAUUGAAAAGGAUGGUAAUUCCUGUCUUCCUCUGCUUGCCUGGGCUUGGUAAGCCAAGUGCAAAUCCUUGCACUUGUAAAAUGGAGAUGAGGAGAGCCUCUGAGGGGGUAGUAGGACAAAUUAAUCUUUUACCUUCCAUGAGAGACUGCUAUUUUUGUCCCUUUAUAGGGUAUGGAAAAAACUCCCAGCACUGGAGGGACUGUUAUUUCCAACUAAGCACAAUUUUUUUUAUGUUCUGGACAAAGACAAAUUUUUCUUAGAGACUCCAUCCAGGAGUGCAGGUUUCUUGCAGCCUCCUCAGCUGUCACCGAGGGCAGAUGGAUAAUUAAAGGUGUUACACUGCUGGUAAAUAGCUCGCUUAGGGCUUUAUACUCUUGCCUCCGUUAUGCUUUGCAUAUUCAUUGUGAGGCUUUGAAAGCUCCUUGUUUCACUCAGGUUUUUAAGGGCAACGAGCUGGGGGAGGGCAGGAAUGACAAAUCUCCUUUACCUUACUGGGU